AACAAGGCUCUCUCUCACCAAACCAAAGGCCAAAAGUUUAGACGCCCCGUUCGUCAAAUUUUUCCCCUUUCUCAAUAAUACCAAUCUCUCUCUCUCUCUUUCAAUUUCAACGGGGUGUUUAAGUUUCCUUCCAAUUUCAAUUUCCGUUUCAGAAUAAUUUUGACUCAGGUUUCAGACCCAUAGAUUUUUAUUAGGUUUUUAUAGAUCGAGAAGAAGAAGAUCCCGAAAUCGAUUCUUUGGUAGCAGAGAGCACAAUACUAUGGAGAAUAUGAUGAGCCGCCUCCGCAAUUUGGACGCGUACCCCAAAAUCAACGAAGAUUUCUACAGCCGUACCCUCUCCGGCGGCGUCAUCACCCUCGCCUCCUCCAUCGUUAUGCUCCUGCUCUUCCUCUCCGAGCUCCAGUUAUAUCUACAUGCAGUGACGGAAACGAAGCUUGUGGUGGAUACUUCAAGAGGAGAAACCCUGCGUAUCAAUUUCGAUGUAACCUUUGCUGCGCUUCCUUGUUCUAUACUCAGUCUUGAUGCCAUGGACAUUAGUGGAGAGCAGCACCUUGAUGUAAAACAUGACAUUAUCAAGAAAAGAAUAGACUCCAAUGGAAAUGUUAUAGAAUCAAGGCCGGAUGGAAUUGGUGCCCCCAAGAUUGACAAGCCUUUACAGAGACAUGGUGGCAGACUUGAGCACAAUGAGACAUACUGUGGUUCUUGUUAUGGUGCAGAAGCUAAUGAUGAGGAUUGUUGUAAUAACUGUGAAGAGGUCCGUGAAGCUUACCGAAAGAAGGGUUGGGCCAUUUCAAAUCCAGAUUUGAUUGAUCAGUGCAAAAGAGAAGGGUUUUUGCAAAAGAUUAAAGAUGAAGAAGGUGAAGGAUGCAAUAUAUAUGGGUUCUUGGAAGUCAAUAAGGUGGCCGGGAACUUUCAUUUUGCACCUGGGAAAAGCUUUCAACAAUCAAAUGUUCAUGUACACGAUUUGCUGGCAUUUCAAAAGGAUAAUUUUAAUAUAAGUCACACAAUCAACAGAUUGUCUUUUGGAGACUAUUUCCCUGGUGUUGUCAAUCCUCUUGAUGGGGUGCACUGGACACAGGACAACCCCAGUGGGAUGUAUCAAUAUUUUAUCAAGGUUGUUCCUACUGUGUACACAGAUGUCAGGGGGCACACUAUCCAGUCAAAUCAGUUCUCUGUCACUGAACAUUAUAGGGGUACUGAAAUAGGCAACCUUCAGUUUCUUCCUGGAGUGUUUUUCUUCUAUGACCUUUCCCCGAUAAAGGUAACCUUUACGGAGGAGCAUAUUUCUUUCUUACACUUCCUGACAAAUGUGUGUGCCAUUGUUGGAGGUGUUUUUACCGUGUCUGGAAUAUUGGAUUCGUUUAUAUACCAUGGUCAGAAGGCAAUUAAAAAGAAGAUGGAAAUUGGCAAAUUCAGUUAAAUGGUUCUGUUGGCGCAAGUUGCUGCUGUAAUUGUUGAUUUGUCAGUCAAUGGCUUUCCAGACGGAGACGAGAUAGGAAAGAGGAGGCAUGUAAUGAAUUCAUCAAAUGGAUUGGGCUGGCAUCAUUUGACCACAAACUAAAGUUUUCUCAUGAAUGGGUUUGAUCAAAUGGAUUAGAUUGAAAUUUUCUUAAUUUAGAGAUGCCAAAUGCCACAAUUAGAACAGUUUUGUAACCGCAGGCAUGAUGUGAAUAUGCUUCAAAGUUAAAAAAAGACGGCUUUUUCAUU